AUGAAGCAGGAAAUCGACUUCCAAAGGCGCGAUUUGCCUCAAAUCGCACCAUCUGAGUCAGACCAUGACAAAUACCCCGAAGGCGGGUUGAAGGCAUGGUCUGUGGUUCUUGGAGCUUGGUGUGCCAUGAUUCCGUCCAUGGGGCUCUUAAACAGCCUGGGAGCCCUACAACCUUGGACAAGUACCCACCAACUCCGGGAUUAUUCGGAGUCGAGUAUUGGCUGGAUCUAUGGAACGUACACAUUUUUCCUUUUCUUAGGGGGUGCACAAUUUGGCGCAAUUCUUGAUUCCCACGGAGCUCUAUAUGUGGUGCUCCCGGGCUCUAUUGGGAUAGUACUUUCAUUGAUUUUCUUGAGCUUCAGUCAUGAGUAUUAUCAAAUAUUUCUAUCAUUCAGUGUUCUCGGCGGAAUAUCAGCUGGCACACUUUUCACACCUCCGUUGGCGGCUGUUGGCCAUUGGUUCAAUGUUCGACGUGGCUGGGCAACCGGAGUAGCCUGCACAGCGGGAGGCAUUGGGGGUUGCAUAUUUCCCUUGAUAAUUCUUUUUGCAGCUCCUCGCAUCGGUUUUGCGUGGGCAAUUCGCAUAAUCGCGCUGGUAUGUGUAGUGACAUGCUCAAUUGCAUGCCUCACGGUCCGAACCAGACUCCCUUCCAAGAAAGCAGUCACAUCCAUCGACUUUAAGGCCCUCAAAGAUAUCAAAUACGCAUCCGUGACGCUGAGUGUCUUUCUUGCGGAAUUUGCGGCUUUUAUUCCAAUCACAUACAUCACGUCCUACACACUUCAUGCCGGCUUCGAUGAACAGAUGUCAUAUGCGGUUCUUGUCUUUCUGAAUCUUGGUGCUGUGUUCGGAAGAUUCCUCCCGGGGCUGGUUGCUGAUCGGUUGGGUCGAUUUAACGUCAUGAUUGUGAGUUGCUUAAUGUGUUCUCUAUUCACUCUCAUCCUUUGGCUUUCCGAGGAUCUGGUCGAUCCCGACAGCUUGGGAAUUGUCAUUGGCUACGCUGUGCUUUUCGGCUUCUGGAGUGGAUCAGCUAUCAGUAUUGCACCAGUUUGCGUUUCUCAGGUCUGUGAAAUUCAAGAUUAUGGGAAGAGAGUUGGAACUACAUGGACGAUAGUCAGCUUUGGCACCCUCGUCGCUAUCCCUAUUGCAGGCGCUAUUCAGCAGCACAACAAUGGGGAGUUCUAUGGGCUGAUUAUUUUUGGGGGUGUUCUCUAUAUUUCCUGCACAAUUGCAUUCAUCGUGUCUCGUGGCAUUUGCGAGGGAUGGGGUUGGGGGAUAAGAUUUUAG